AUGAAGGCCUUCACUACCACUAUCUUAAUCCUCUUCGCUUCACGAAUCCUAGCACUACGCUAUACUGAAGACGACUACACCCUCGCUCUCCGCUCUCUCCUCGCCGAAUAUGACCACCUUCUCGAAGCAAGGGAGGCAGAACUUCGCGACUCUCUUCAAGUUCACAAAGCGCGCGAGCUGGACUUUGUGGGCGUCUCCGAAGCGCGAGGAGUGGUAUACGGCGACCUCUUCGACACCCGUGAAGCCUUCAGACACGGGGCCAAUGCCCCGCCCUCCCAGAUACAGAAGGGAGGUUUCCCCUGUUGGGUUAUGAAAUUCACCUCUCAGUGCAACGUUGAGUUCUGUAGCGACUUCUGCAUCCAGAGACCUGGCUCGACAACCGGCCCUCCGAAGGGGACUAGUAACCAACCAUGUCGGUGGAAAGAGUGGAUCACGAAGAAGGAGUACAAGGGUACAGAAGGGGGGAAAUGUUUCGACAAUUGCUAUUGCAAGGUUUCCACCAAAUUUAAACAGGUAGACUAG